CGGAAGGAAACUUACACCCCUUUAUCGCUUUGCUGCCGAAAUAAACUAACAGAAUGGCUGACGGACCCGAUAUGGAGAAUCGCGACCCUAACAACAUCAACGACCAUCUACAGGUCGCAUUCGAAGAUGUGUUCGCCGAGCCCGACCACGCCCACAGUCUCGACUGCGUGUGGAGGAACUCCUACAAGUGCUUCAACUGCACCAAGAACUGCUGCUACCUCGCCCUCACUACCCUCUGCAGUAUCUUCGUCGCCUUCUGCUGGGCCUGCGAGUUUGCCACACUCACUUUCUACCACGUCUGGUACGUCACGCCAUGCUUCAAGGUCUGCGAAAUCGAGCUCGGCUGCUGCAAGAAAUUCUACUCGCUGUGCAUGAGGUGUGCAUUGGAUCCUCUUUGUGAAGCAUGUGGCUUGUUGUUCAGUGCAUUCAAGAAAUGAUGGACUUGAUGACAAACUGAGUGGAGAACACUGUGAACUCUUCUGUGGAUUUCCAUGAGUGGGGAAUAGUCUGACCUUGACAUCACCUUCAGACAUUUUCUGAGCAGUCUACUCAUUUGCUCUUAAGACAAAUUUGAUAUUGGCGGAGAGAUACACAUGGACUUGCCUUCGUACUGGGGUUUCGGACAAUUAGCCUCAUAAUCUUAUGAUGAUUUUUAUGUGGAUUAAAAUGUUAUUCGUUCGACAUUGUCAAAGAGUGAUCGUGACGAAGUACAAUAUUUAUUCUCAUUGAAAAUUAUAUCAUAUUUAUGUAUACAUUAUUUAUU